AUGGCUCCUCCUCAGUUAAAAUCCAAGAAACCCAAGAAGAUGAAGAUAAAGAUGAAGCCGCAGGUUCUUAAAAUCGACCCCAAUGGUGGCUCUGUUCUGAAACCCGCCUUGGCCAGGAGAAUGUCCACUCUGAAGAAAAAGGCCAGCGAACUCUCGACAUUGUGCGACGUUGCCGUCUGCGUGGUCUCUGUUGGGGCCAACCGAGAAAUCGAGACCUGGCCGGAAAACCGACAAGAAGCGAAAUCAAUUCUUCUCAAACACAAGAAUCUAGGGAAAUUGGGAAAGAAAAUUGAAAAGGGUUCAUUCUCGGCCAGAAAGGGUACUGAUUACAGUUUCUUGGAGACCAUGUUAGAGGCUUUGAAUGAGAGAAUUGGAGUUGUGAUGAUGAGGGAUGGUGGUGGUACCAAAACUAGAACAACUAGUACCUGCAGUUUCAUGGAAUUCUACGAGAAUAUCAUGGGGACUAGUGUGCUACCAGAUCCACCAGAUCAACAACAAUCAAUGUUGCUUGUUGAUCAAGUUCCUCAUCACCAAAAAGAAGAUUAUUCCACCACAAAUUCGGAUGGUUUCUUUUUGGAUGAUCUUCAUAUUGCUGCUGCUUCACCAACCAUGAGCAGCAUUGAUGAUUAUGUGAGUUGGCUAUUGGAAGAUCAUAAUGAUGUUGGUUUGAUGAAAGAUUAUAUCCAAUUUUGUUAUAGUGACUUGGCCUCUCCUCAAGACCCACAGCAGCAGCAACAGCCUUCUUCAUUGCAGCUACCCCAGACUAAUUACUAG